CGCACGGCGCGCGGCGCCGAGGGACUUGGCUAGAUCGCCACGGGAUCCUGUCGCUGGCUGGAUCACCACGCGCGUGAUCCGGUUCAUGGCCGCGCCGCUAGUGCCGCAGCCGGCGACGCGCGCGCAUCCCCUAAUCAGAGAGAGCGAUUAGGUGGGCGCCCGAUAAAUCGCAGACACGGCCACGCGGGGACGGGACGGGACACCCUACCCACCUCUCCAACCAAGAACACCCCGCACUCCCCACUCCCGCUGGUCUCCGCGUCCGCGUGCGCCCGGCGCCGGCAGGCAAGGCGACGCAAGGUCGCAAGCUACGCCACGAGCGCGCGCGCACCACGCUGACGCACCCACCGCACCAAGAAGAACUGGGGGCGCGGCGAUGGCGGAAGGCAGCCGUGCGGCGGUUGCGCCGGCGCCGGCGCCGGCGCCUUGCCGGCUCGGCGGCGCGGGGGCCGCGCCGGCGCCCGGCCGGCGGUGCUGCGGCAUCGGCGGGGGCUGCGGGCUCGGGCUCGCGCGCCUGGUGCGGCGCCUGCGGCGGCGGGGCAGGCGGGCGCUGCGCGCCGCCUCGUCCUCGGCGCAGCCGCGCCGGCGCGCGUGCCAGUACGACCCGCUCAGCUACGCGCGCAACUUCGACCUCGGCGGCUUCGACGGCGACGGCGACGCCGACGCCGCUCGCGUCUACUACAGCUGCUCCUUCUCCUCCCGCUUCGUGCUCGUGCCCGCGUCGUCGUCGUCCGCCGGCGCUGCCGCUCCAGCAGCAGUCGUGUCAAGCUAGUACCAAAUGGAUGUUAGCGUGGGCAGGUUGAUUGCGGCAUCGUCCUGUCGUCCCUGUAAAUACACACACUAUGCAGCCGAGCGGUUCUUGCUUUCGCGUCACACUAACAAAGUAAUCUUGCUCCAGCUA